CUUGAUGUUUCAAGUUAUUUUACGCAAAACUUGUAUGAAGACAACACACUAUUCAACCAAUUUUUUAAAGCCAACAGUACAGAUGAGCAACUGACAAUUCUAAAGAAAAUUUUAGAAACCAUCCAAAAUGAUAAUAACAUUGAAAGGUCUAUUCAGUUCCUUGUGGUGGUUUUCUUCCAUGCAGAAGCUAGGCACCCUAUAAAAUGCUUUUUGAUGAGAUACAUAACCAAGAAUGUGUCUCUCCAGCCAUCAUUCUCCAGCACUCUAGCCACCCAAAUUAAAUUCUCCAUAGACCACAAACAUGAAUACAAGAAAUACAUAGAAGUAGUAUCCAAGAUUGCUAUAUGUAUAGAAAACUUUCCAGCAGGCACCAUGGCAGUCAAGAUGUUAGAAGUAUUGUUGAUGGAGUAUUUGCAAAAAUGCUUGCAAUGCUGUGUUGUUGUUUUGAGAAUCACCAAAACACUAUCCCCAACAGAAAAGAAUGAAAUAUUCAACCUUGCUCAUUCAGCAUUACGGUUACUUCUCUACAUAGUGCAAAAAGUCAAUUCUCCAUCAGAAUUAAACCAUAUUUUUGAAGAUGUAAGGGUGUGUUUAAAAGGGCUGAUGUUCGAUGAUGAUGUGCCUAUGGACACAAAGUCACUUUGUGGAAUUUUGUAUUUGAAUAUGCAAUUGUUGGAAAAUGGUGCCAAUUCGUGGAUGGACAUAUUAGAACGUCAACCAAAUGAUGAUAAUAUCAACUCUUUGCUAUCCAAUGAAGCAUCACAGCUGUCUCUAUUCUCUGCAAUAGCUACUGUAAUACCAAUGGAUUUAUUACGACAUGGAAACAUUCAAGGGGAAGUGCCCAUUAUCGUUUUGUGUAAAAAGAUUCUCGAUAUUGGAGAAAGAAGUUCAUCCGAAUCAAUAUUCAUCCUAGGCGUAACACGAACUUUACAACAGAUAAGCAAACACCUCUGCAACGUAACCGAUACUGACGCGGGCCUUAUGUUAGUGGAGCACUUGCUGACAUUUGUGUGGGCUUACUUGGAACACUACAUGGACAGUGUCAGACAUUUAACCAGUCAAAUACUGGGCAAUAUUGUUAGGUAUUGCGCUAGGUUGAAAAGAGAAGGAGAAGCCAAAGCCCUAUCUAAUCUAUUCUCAAAGCUAAGUUCUCUUGAUAAAACCCGCAAAAGCUACUACUUAAGCCUAACGUCACUCGUCAACGAGCUCGGAGCGGUCGCUAUCAUAGAGGCAUUGCCGAAUGUUAUUGUUGAUGUUAUACAAGCUUUGAACGUGCAGGCCGUACAAGCCAGCGCGACAACAACUCUUGAAACUCUACUCCAAAGUCACGCUCCCCACUCAGACACACAGACGAUAUAUGUGCAAUGGAUUGAACCCAUACUUUCGUACGUAUCCUCAAACAGCUCUGAUUCAGGGGUGCUUAAUAUAUUGGAGAAUUUACUGGCAAAAGCUGUGAGGCUGGAUGAAAAUGUUAUGACUUAUAUUAUGCCCUAUAUAAAACGUUGUGCCACAUCGUCACACGACCUAAAAUGCAUCCUUAUGUUACUAAACGUAACUCGCAAGUCGGGCGUGACAGGGAAUUUCUCAGUUGCGGACAACGAUACGGAAUGGAAAGGCGUUAUUGGCUAUGACGUGUUGGAUUUAGCUGCGGUGGAUGCUUGUGAAGAGACUAGAAUCCUCUCGCUUUCUCUAAUAGUGGAAUCCCCGAAAUCCACCGAAAUCUUCACCCGUGAAGAGCUCAAUUUUGUAUUGAACUAUUUAAAAUACAAUAUCAAUGCGCAAGCGCCUAACCUUAGACAGCUCACACUCUCUAUGAUGAAAAAGUUCAUAAAGCGCCUAGAAGAUAGUUACAAGCACCACCUUAAACAAUCAUCGGAAAAUUACUACAUUCUCUUCGUAGAACGCUUGCGUGCAUUUUGUUUCGAAUGUUUGACGCCGGGUGCAAACUACAGCCGGCGCUUCGUUGCGCUGCAAGUACUCUCGUGGUGCGAGGCUUUUAGUUUCUACGGGUAUUCCAGGACCUGGAAGCCUGUGUACAUAGAAAAACUGUUGUUACAUUUAGAAGAUAGCUACGAAAACAAUAAAGCAUUAGCGCUAGAGAUAUUAGGAAAAUGUCCCACAGAUAUUUUACAAAACAACACCUACUCUAUGUGUCUACUAUUGAAAGACAUAAUUAAACAAGCAUCUGCCUUAAAACCUACAGAGUGCAUCUCGGCGUCCUACAAAUUGAGUCUACUCGUUAAUAAGUUACCAGAUCACAUUCUACAAGGAGAGAAAAACACAACUCCAGAACUAGUAUAUCUAGUUGUAUUACGGCAUCUUCAGUCCGUAUUAAGAACUGAACUCGAAAUAUGCCAAGCAAGCGUAAUAAACGCCUGUGCUAAGGCACCGAUGUACGGCGUCUUGCAUUGCAUGAGGCGGAUCGUGACGUCAUUUGAUGCCGACGCAAUUUCAACCGACCAGGAAUGGCGGGAGAUGAUAGACGACAUAAUAGAAGAUUGCAUAUCGGUGAACGCAGCAGUUGCGUGUGUCGUUAAUAAUUCUUCGCCGGAAGGGCAUCUGCCUAUGGACAUGAGCGGCGUUAACGCUCAUCUUCACGAAGGAGGAGUACGGCUUGAAGACGGACGACAAGUGACAGCGCAAAUGGUGCUGUUGUGCGCAUGGAGAUCCGUCAAAGAGGUAUCCCUGUUGCUCGGCGAGAUGUCCUCCCGUCUCACGAUUGCAGGAGAAAAACAUCCUGAAGGAACUUUGUCAGCAAGGCAAAUGUUGACAAUCGGGGAACAUUUCACCAAGCUGUUGGCCGAGACGAAACAUCGCGGCGCCUUUGAACAGGCUUAUGUUGGAUUCACAAAAUUGUUAACACGCCUCUGGCGUUGCCGAAGCCCUGAACUGCACGAGCUUCCCCGCACGUGGUUGAAUGACCUGAUGCUGGCUAUUGCAUCGGGGGAAAAGAAAGGCACACUAUGUGCUACCCGCCGUAGCGCAGGGUUGCCCUUUAUGAUACAGGCUCUAGUAACAACCGAGCUACAAAUUCAAGGCAACCCGAAAUGUUUCCACCAGUGCAUGACGACAUUGCUCCGUCUCGCUCGCAACACUCCUCAACCUAUACCCGACAGCGAGACAGCGAUAGAGACGAGAACUCACGCUAUUAACAUAUUAAGAGCCCUGUUUAGAAACUCUAUGUUGGAAGAGAGUGUGAGUGGUUAUGUAGGGGAAGGACUGCUGGUUGCUUUGCUAGGAUUUGAGGGGAGCACUUGGAUGGAACGCAACUCCUCAACGUUGCUGUUCAGCGCAUUAAUGGUACGCAUCUUUGGAGUCCAACGUUCACGAGACACAGAGAAUCUCAGCACCCGAAACCGGAUGACCGGCAGGAUAUUCUUUCUCAGAUACCCGAUGCUUUAUGACUUUAUGCUUGAAAAGCUGAAUGAAGUAAGCAGCAGCGACGACACACAAAUACUUCGGCCAUCUUUGUACCCGAUUUUACUGCUUUUGGCUAGACUGUACCCGUCCGCCUUGGAAGGCACUGUUUCUAAUUUAAAGCUGGUAGCGUACAUCCCUCACGUCCUAGCAUGCGCUAAAAGCAGUGUUCUCAAAACGCGACAACUCGCCGCCAAAGCGUUGGUGCCCUUAAUAUCACCCGAACAAUAUGUGACACACUUGGAAACUAUGAUAGAUUUAAUAAGUGAGAAGAAUAUUAAACGCAAUUAUUGCCAUGGAAUUUUAUUGCAGCUGUUAAAACUGUUAGAUGCUAAACCACACGACCUAUUGAUAGACGAACAAAGCGAACAUCGUCUUGAAAACAAAAUAGCGCAAACAACGUGGAUCCUAGAACAGGCGACGAGGAACAUGCCCUGUUACUUACUCGCCGAGGAGUAUGUGAAGGUCAUCAAUCUGGUUAUUUGGAGUUCGUCGGAUAACAAUGAUGAGACGAGAGGCGUUGUCGUUACCUUCUUGGAACUGAAUUUCAAUAGCUUAUUCAAGAUGAAUUUGGACGGUUUAUCCGAAGAGGAUCAGUUCGAAUAUAAGUCUACCCUCUUCGCAACGCUAAUAACUACCCUCGAAGAUGAUGAUUCAUCCCUCCGUCAACGCACAUCGAAUACAAUCACGCAAGCCUCUGUGGUCUCCAGUCGCGCUGCAGAGGUAUUAAGAAACAUGGUGGACGAUGAUGGUGUGUUCGUGGUCCUCGCCUUGUUGGACUUUAGGUCCGAAGUUUGUAUUAAUGAUGAUGGUAAUGAUGAGUGCCGAGUGUUUGACCAAAACGAAAGAUACAAUAUAUACCUCGAAGAAACAAUAUGGACGAAUGAAUGUGCUCGCCAAAUCAAAGAAAGAAACAAAUCAAAUCACAACAUCGUCGAUUACGUACUUAAGAUAAUACACAAUCAUAUAUAUGAAAGAACUUUGCAGAAACUAUGUGGUAGAAAUGUUAUUUUGUUUGAGAAAAUGUGUAAUAAUCAAACUAUAAACAGGGUUGAUAUAAUGAACCCGAAAAUAAGGUUAUUUGUUAAUUGUUUACAUUCAUUUCAGUGACUAAUGAAGUUAUAUGUCAUGCCGUGGACAUUGUCACUUACUCUUACUUGUGUUACUCGAAAAAUAUAA